AUGGUGACGCUGACUGAGCUGCUGCAGGGGCCCUCCACGCUGGACGCGCUCGCGCACGCCGCGCUCAUCUUCACCGCCGGCGUCGCCAUCAUCGUCACCAACGUGCUCAUCAUCGCCACCUUCCUCAACCUGCGCGGGCCCACAGAAGUUAUCAACAUAUAUCUUCUCUCACUUGCUGUGGCUGACCUGUUAUGUGGCUUGCUGAUUGUGCCAUUAUCUGUAUAUCCAGCUGUUGUACAGCAGUGGGUGUAUGGAGACAUUGUCUGCCGGCUUGUUGGCUAUCUUGAGGUAACAUUGUGGAGUGUGAGCGUGUUCACCUUCAUGUGGAUCAGCGUUGACCGUUACCUGGCUGUGAGAAAACCUCUUCGGUAUGAAACAGUGCAGACAAAAACACGCUGUCGUUGCUGGAUGGUCUUCACUUGGGUAUCAGCCGCUAUGCUGUGUUGUCCGCCAUUGCUUGGUGUCAACAAACCAACAUUUGAUAAGGAUGCUUACAUAUGUGUGCUUGACUGGAGUAAUAUGGCAGCUUAUUCUGUUACAGUUGCCAUUCUGGUACUUGGCCCCAGUCUCAUAACUAUCAUUUACACAUAUUCUUACAUAUUCUCCACCAUGCGUAAAUUACGUAGUGGUGUUCCCAUCCAUGAUAAAGAGUAUGCAAGUGCACUAUCUGAGAAUCUUGCUAACCCAAGCCACAUUGUGUCAUUUGUGCUUGUGAUAGUAUUCUGGUUAUCAUGGGCACCGUAUGCAGGAAUUAAAUUGUAUGAACAUUUUACAGGAAACAGGAUUCAGAUACCAUAUUUACAUUUUGGAAUUGUUUGGCUUGGAAUACUUAAUUCUUUUUGGAAAUCUCUUAUACUAGUGGCACUAAGUCCCCAGUUCCGACUAGCAGCACGUCUUCUUUGUGUGACAGUAUGCUGUCGUUACAAAGGGCGGCUGCAAGGAGACCUGAUGGGCAUAGAUCUAGAUGAAUGACACAGACAAUUGUACUUCUAAAACAGGGACUUUUAUUUCAUGCCCUACAUAGUGCCACUGUGACAUAAACACAUCUUUCUAUACCAGUUUACAUUAUUAAGUAUUAUUCACCAUUGGUCAUAAUGUUAAUAUUUAAUCUGCUACAAAACUACAAGAAGUGACAAGCAGCUGAGUAACCACUUGAGACUGUAUGACAUGUAUUAAAAUGAGCUAUCUCAGAAUUAGUUUGAAUAAAGCAGUAUGAACAGUGUUCUGUGGCAGUGUAUAGAAGAAUUCGUGACUUCUGAUAUGUGCUUCAGGUAAUUCAUCCAGUGUAGCAUUUUAUUAAUGGCAAAUGUUAAAUUAAAGACUUCGGGAUGAGCUUUAAAAUACCUAUGACUGAACCUAAAAGAACUGUUCAUUUAUUCUGUGUGUAGUGCAUCUAGUGAAGAAGAAAACUUGAGCAUUGCUUGUUACAGUAUGAGGUAUCAAAGCUAAUGUUCUGAGUAAAGUGAAUAGUGCCCUUAGAUUGCUGAUGUGAUGUCAUUGUACAAAAUAUUUUGUGUAUAGCUAAAAUAAUGUACUUUUGGAAAAGCUUACUCCAAGAACAAUUCAAUUCCUACUUAUGACAUUACUGUGUUUAUUGUUGUCCUAACUAACUAGUUAAAAUGUUUCAUAAUAUGCAGCUGUACAUAAAAAAUGGAUGUUCCUAUUUUCUAAUAUUUAGAGCUGAAUGGAUAUUUAUGUGUACUAAAAGUGUUUCAUUUAUGUCAGAUGAAGUUUGUUAUAAUGUUAUUCUGUCUUUUAUCGACUAAUAUGUAAAGUGUUUCACUGUACAUUCUUUAUCUAGGGCUUUGGCUCAUUAUUUAAUUAUUGAUAAGGAUAAUGAAUGUUAAACUCAAAAUAGAAGGCCACAGACAGGGUUUCACUACUGUUAAUUAAAUUUUAAUACAGCUGAGUGUAGUAAGCGAAAUGUUAAGUGAAGUUGAUGUGCCACAAUACAACUGUUGUGUCAUAUUUAGUUGAGGUAACUGUAUAAAGCCAAGAGCUCAGAUUUUUCAUUUUACUUUGAAAAUAGUAUGGCCAUUGAUUAUUAAAUUCAUGCAAGGAUAUCUUAAAACAAAUUUAUUGACAGUGCAUGUAGUCCAUUAUUUUAGAACAGUUAAUGCUUUUUUUUAACAUCAAUCCAUUACAGCAUUCACAUCAGAGUCAUCUUACAAUGUAAAUUAAUUUGUUACUUUCCUGUAGCAAUGAACUAAGCCACAAAUUUAAACGAGGAACACUGUGCUCAUAUUAAAGAACCUCAUGCUUCUACUCUUUUGAUUAGUGUGAAGCUAUAUAAAAACCCAUGCUUAGUAUCAACUUUCCUCUGUUCUCAAUCAAAAUAAAGGUGAGUUCUACACAUAAACAUUUACCUGUAACAUAUAUAAACUGCAUGAAUUACUGAAAUUUUGCAAAUGCAAAAUCUGUAUGGCUGACAAUAUACGUGAU